AUGGAUUUGAUAGGGAAAGUUUAUCCACCUUCUUCUAAACAACAUUGUUUUAUCAUUGUGGCAACUGACUACUUUACCAAGUGGGUCGAAGCGGUGCCCAUGAAGUCAGUGCACCAAGAAGAUAUGAUUCGGUUUAUCAAACAACAUGUUAUUCAUAGAUUUGGGAUCCCAGAAUCAAUCACAACUGAUCGAGGUUCAGCCCUUGUUGCCAAAGAAGUGCAGGCAUUUGCAGCAGAGACUUCUCAACGGUCAAGCACAGGUGUGACUCCAUUCAUGCUCACCUAUGGUCAUGAUGCAGUUUUGCCUAUGGAAGUGACUGUACGGUCAAUGAGAUUCGCAUUGCAAAACAAUUUGACCCCUGCUGAAUAUAAUGAGUCUAUAUUGGUCGAAUUGGAGGACCUAAACGAAGUAAGGUUAAGGGCUCUUGACCACAUACAAGUUCAGAAAAGGCGAGUAGCAAAGGCAUAUAACAAGCGUGUUAGGGCCAAAAUCUUGGGUAAAGGUGACUUGGUUUGGAAGACUGUCCUCCCAAUGGGUGUGAAUGAUUGA